AUUUGACAAAAACAAGACAGAACGUUACACUAGAUGAUCUCAUGACAUUAACAGAUUAAUGAGUCUCGACAACGAACUUCACUCUAAAACUUAUUACCCGAAAGAAGAGCUCAACAACGCUCGAAAAACAUGGCAAGCAAAAGGGGAUUGAUCUUCAAAAGGACACUGUCUUGCUCAAACUUAGCAAAAGUUGAAGAACUGCGUAAAAUUGUAGAAAACAAUGUGUUCACUUCAACUGACGAGACCAAGCCCAUGUGCCUCUUCCGAUAUUCGGAGUAUACGAUUAGCUGCCCGACCAUGUCAAACUUUCCACGAGAUUUUCAAGAGAAUUUCGAGAGGGCGCUCAUUGAUGUGGAUAUGGAGAAGGGGCUUGAAGAUGGGGGUUCUCUUAACUGGUGUCGCACUGCAAAACGACUGAGACCACUGGCUACAAAAGAGGAUGGUAACUGUUUAACGCACGCUGUUUCUAUUGGGAUGUGGGGUUACCAUGACAGCAGCUUGUUCCUAAGGCGACUGAUUUACGUUGCCAUGCAGAAUGACGCCACUGGUAACCUGUUCAGAGAUCGAUGGCAAAAUGAGGCCAUGUCCAUGGAGAAUUCUUAUAGUUCUGUAACUGGACUGGACCUUGACGGAGAAUGGAUGAAGGUGAUCGAGAGAGCAAAUGACAAACCUAAUGAUGACCCACGAGCUCUUGAGAUGCCUUAUAAGGCAUUGGAAGAGAUACAUGUGUUUGUUCUUGCCAAUAUACUUCGCAGACCCAUAAUUAUAAUCUCUGACGUCAUGCUGCACUCUUUUACCGGUAGUGAUUUGGCCCCAUGUUCACUCGGUGGGGUGUAUCUCCCGUUGCUAUGGCAUGCGGAAGAUUGCUUCAAAACGCCAUUGACGCUCGCAUACGAUAUGAAUAGUUUCUCACCUUUGAUUGGCGAGGAAGAUAAUCCUAGAGAUGAAUAUCUUGCUACCGAAGCUGAACGUGCCAUACCUUUGAUAAGACAGAAUGGCGAGUGGUUAAAAAUUCACAUGUUGCUGCCCCAGGAAAAGGCACGCUUUCAAAAUAUUCUGGAAAAGUAUAUGUACGUAACGACACUAUUCCACACAACCAAGGACAAUGUCAAAGAAGUUAUUAGUGCAAAGCUGGAGUAUAAAGUUCUACCGGAUAAGCUCAACCUAAUGAAGGACUAUUUCCAAGACUGUGAACGGAUAUUUAAUGAAUCUACCGAUGAGGACAUUUAUAUGGAGGAGGAACCCAAACGGAUUGAUUCCUUAGAAUUGAAUGAGGUGUUAAGCCAGGAUUCUGACAAAGAAGACAUAUAUGAAGAGAGUAAGAUGUGCACCACUAAGAAUUGUGAAUUCUAUGGGAGUACCGCCACCAAGGGCAAGUGCACUAAAUGCUAUCUCGAGAGCACCAAAUUACCAGCAACGCCCGUAAAAAACGAUGAGACGUUGCGAAUGAGAAUCACUACCACUGCUUCCAAGCACAAUCCCGAUCCUUUAGCAGGCCCUAUGCCCGCUUCUAAAUUGACCCCCUAUGAGCCAAAUAUCAGAUUGAAUAAUCCAGACCGACCACAAGAUUUGCCAAUGUAUUCCAUGUUACCUACAGAAUGUGCUACUCAUGGAUGUCAUUAUAAUGCAUCAGUCCAUACUAAACCGUAUUGCCAUGAAUGCCAUGAUAGAAAACAAAAACCUGCUAAGCAUGGUACUCUUGACCUUGGAAACCAGAUCCCUAGUUCUCCAAGAAAAUCAAUCGUAAGGCAAGACAUGGAGCCCCAUAGCAACGAUAUGAAGAGCUUUGCGGUUGGGCAACCGAGUCAGGUAUGCAUGGUUGCACACUGCAAGAAUCCAUGUGAUGCUGAUCUUGAAGGAUUGUGCUCUUCACACAGGCAACAUUUUGUUAAGCCAAGUAAAACACAAGCACCGGUUGCUUUGACAACUAUCGCUGCUACCUUGGUAACUACGAGCUUUAGCAACAGGUGUAAACAUCCAGGUUGUUUCAACGUUCCCACAACUCAGUCAGGCUUUUGUGAAGUAUGUGAUCAUCAAGGCAACAGAAAUAUGUCGAGGUACGCUGCAGCAAAACCUACUGACUCCGUAAAGAAUAUUGUAUUCGAAGAUGUAAUUCCUCCAACGCUUGGACCGUGUAGGAAAAGUGGCUGCACCUUUACUGGUUCCGAAAGGUAUCGAGGGUACUGCUCCGUAUGCUACAAGAAACAUCGGUCAAAAAGACAUUCCAAUGGUUCAGCAAGCUCAAGCGGAUGUUCGACUCCUGACUGUGAAGGGGUACGCAUAGAACGAUCGCCAAUGUGCUAUUACUGUACGAAACAUACCAACCAAGGUCUGCCCGUCAUACCAAACCGUGGAAAAGAUGCUGGGACUCAGACAACUCCACCCAAGGAUCUUGGACGUAACAUCCAACCAUCUGGCUACGAUGCCAAAGCUUUUGAUAAGGAAGGUCUCACUGAUGAAUUAAGCCGUACGGUUGUAAGACACCAUUACAAGGAUUAUCCAAAGAAAGUAUGCGUCAGUCCUUUGUGUGAAAACGAAGUGAUGGUUGGUGCUGGUGAAAAUAAGUUGUGCCGAGAGUGUUUUCAAAUAUUGUGUGAUGACGCUGCCAAGAAAGCUGAAAGGAAAUCUUCUGCAGAAUUCACGGAACAAUCAAGAACAGCUGGUAAUCAAUCAAACGCGCCUAAGUGCAAAGGUCCCAGUUGUGAUAUGUUUGGUAGCGUUGAGACGAUGGGUUACUGUUCUAAAUGUUUCAAUGAAAUGAUAGCCGCACGUGACAGAGUCAAAACUUCCCCAGUUCGACAACCUUCUCAGCUUAACAGGCGUGGUGGAGACGAUCAAAUAUUUGUCCCAAUGGACAGUGACACAAGAAUUGCCACCGAGGGCGCAAGUCAGAGUCCUCUUAAGCACAGCGUCACGUACUACAAUCCAGCAAGAGUUAAUCUCUUCAACACUGAUGACUAUGACUCCAAGAUAUGCCCAGUUGAUGACUGUGACCGAUACGGCGAUGUUUGUUUUAAUGGCCUAUGUUCCUUGCAUUAUGACCCCAGUAGACCUGUAGUACAAAUAGGUAGAGAUAACGUUUUGCAUAUUAAGCCGAAAAGUCCCAGACUCAACAGACCGCCUGGGACUAGAUUCACAAGUGCUACCAAUGGUGAUAAUGAUGCGUACGUGCUCUAUCCUGACGUAAGGGGUAAACAAGAACGCUUACCCACACAACGCACGAGGAAACCCGAUGAACCAGCAAUUCAAAGACAAAUUGAAAACCAAGUCCAAAAGAUUAAAUGCCGUGAAAGACUUUGUGAGAACUAUGCCAGCAAAGAAAACAAUGGUUUUUGUAAUAGUUGCAAGAAAAGACUUGACAAAGGUUACUAAGUUUUAAAUUAACUACGAGAGUCUAUAUAUGAUAGAGUAAUUGACACGAUCAUAUGGUAUCAAAACUCAUUUCUCGGUCCUUAGCAUUUAAGAAAACUUGUACGUGAACGUGUAUACGAGUGGGACACGGGACAGUCAAUCACCCCUAGGGUUAAUAAUAUUACAUGUUCGCGUUCAUGUUUUUUUUAAAACAUGUAACUUAACUCCCUAUUAUCCGACUUGAUUAACCUCAAAUUAAACAACAAAAACAUUUAUUGGUUUAUACAUGUAGAUGUAGACAUUGUUAUUUAUCAUACUAUGUGCACACAACGGCACUUAUAAUUAUAUGUGCCAAGAUAAUUUAUAAAAAGCUUUGUGUCUGCUUGAUUUGAACGAGUUAAAACACUUACAGUUAGGGUGGUAGGCCCUGGUUGAUAAUGAGUUCACAUUUCCAGAAAAUUUCAAUGUCAUAGCAUAUUUUUAUGUAGAAUUGUAACUGAAACUAAAACCUAGUUGUGUUAAUGGUUUAACACCUCUGCUGUAUCGACGAAAUACACAUCAACAACAACAUGCACUGAAAUGAAACAGAGAGAUAUUCAAAAAACCACAAUGCUACAGAGAUACUUGUAUUUGAGUAUAUUUAACAAAAUGAGAUUGUAUACAAUAUUAAUAUUAAGCCAGACAGUUACACACCACAGGGAAAUAUAUCGUGGUAAGUCCGAUAUCUGAAAGAUCCUACGUUAUCUUUCCAAGAUCACGGCAUUAGGCCACAUCAUUCAUUUGCAUUUUGUGAAAAUUGAAGUUACGUUUGAUGAUCAUUUGUUUUUUAAUAUGGCUUUAUACAAAAAUGUAAAGCCUAGUUACAGUAUCAAUGCUUUAAGACCAAUGUACUAACCAUUGACCAUGGUACUGUACAUUUGACAUAACGAAGGGCUAGUUCUUUUUAAUUGAACACGAUGAGCAAUUUGGAAGAUCCGAUUACUUGUCUAAUCUUUCCUUAGAUAAAUAUUUAUCAGUCAUAAUAUAUUAAUACAUGAAAAAUAUUCAAUCAAAAAAAUUGUUGCUCAUUGUUUCUUUUAGAAU